GGAGAGAAAGAGAGAGAGAGAGGGAAAAGGGGUAAAAAUAUAUUUAAAAAAUGACACAGAUAGAGGAUAGGUAAAGGAAAGGAAAGAGAGAGGGACAUACGUCAUUCAGUCACCUCCCAUUUGUCCUCAUGAAUGACCAACAGUAACCCUGUGGGGUUAAAGGAGGGAUGAGAGACCAAUGCUUCCUCUCCCCCUUCCUCCACCCUUUUCUCGCUUCCUCUCAUCUCUGCUGUGCCCCUAUAUAACCUUCGACACAGACCCUCUCCCCAUCACAGUUAUGUUGGGAGAAUAGGAAGCAACAGGUGUCUGCAUGUUAGUGGGAGACUGAGUCACAGAUAUUUGAAGUUUCUUUGCGUGUAGCAGAUUUUUGGUUGAUGUUGUAAACUUUAUCAGGCAAGCAUUUGAGCGUCUUCUCCAGCUGUGUUGACUGGCAAUCAUGAAGAACCACUCAGCUCUCGCCCUGAGGACGGCCUUGCUGCUGUUGCUACUCAUGUACGGCACAGAUGCAAAGAUGGAAAUCAUUAUCAGUAAGCCAGAUGUUGCGGUAGGAGAUGAGAUCUUACUGUUGUGUAGAGCUGGGGGAGAUGGAGUCAUAACGUGGCAAAAGGAUGGCGCAGAAAUCGAAGAUGAAGAAAAGGUGUUCUGGGUGGAUGAGACCUCCUCUAAACUGAACAUUAAGAAGGCUACGAUGGAGGAUGCAGGAAGUUAUACCUGUCUGUGUGACUUUGAGAGCGGACACCAAGAUAGCAUUGCGAUGGAGCUGUAUAUUCAUGAGGGUCCAUCAUUCAGCCACACCAGCACCUACCAUGAGUUUCUGGAGGGCCAAGACGGUGUGGUGCCAUGCCUGGUGACUGGAGAGCCAGCGGUGGUUGUUCACUGGCUCAGAGACAAGCAAGAAAUCCCUUCUGAUGGGGUGAGGCGGGUGCGUCAGCUGCCCGAUAACACGCUCUUAAUUGAAAAAGUGAAAAGAGAGGAUGCUGGGACAUACGUGUGUCACGCCCAGAUCAGAGGAAGGCCCGUCGAUGACCGCCUCUCCGUCUCUGUUGUUGUCAACGCACCUUCUAUUGUGCAUCUGAAGGAAGAGGAGAAAAAAGUGUUGGCUGGACCAGAAACCAACGUUUCCUUGCUUUGUUUGGUGGACGGUCUGCCAAAACCCAACAUCACCUGGACCAUGCCGAUUACGAUUGACCCUUCACGUCAUCACUUUAACUCAGACCGGAGCCAGCUGACCAUAAGGUCUGUUGCCAGGGCCGACUAUGGAGAGUACAUCUGCACUGCCACCAACAAGAUAUCUGAGAGCAGUGCCACCACCACACUUCAUGUUUUUGAGGCCCCAGAGGUGUUUGUGUCAGCAGAGCAGCAGAGCGUGUCAGUGGGUGAGCGUGUAUCUGUGUCCUGUAACGUCUCUGGCCAUCCUCAGCCUGUGCUGCACUGGCUCAACAAGCACAAUGGACAAACACUGGACUCUAUCUCUGGUCGCAUCCAUGUUGUUGAUGGUGCUUUUGUGAUUGAGGACGUGGUGCCCUCUGAUGGUGGACUGUAUUCCUGCAUGGCUGUCAGCGCCUCUGGAAAUGCAUCAAGAGAUGUUGCAAUACACACCGAGCCCAGCCUGCCUCACUAUCUGUCAGUCUCAUCUGGACCGACCUCAGUCCUCUUCUCCCUCAAAACCCUGCCCAUCAGUGGAGGAACACCAAUCACAAGUUUCAUUCUACAAUGGAGGCGAAGUGCUGCAGAACAGUGGAAGGAGAUCGUCGUCCCAGUUUCAGGUCCUCUAGCUAUCACCAAACUCAAGCAGUACACGACGUACACAGUGCGUAUGGCUGCCUUGAAUGCAGUGGGAGUGGGACAGUUCUCAGAUACAAAGACAGUUCGCACCCAGGGAAUACAGGGUGAACCAGACAGUCCAGUUUUGUCGGUUGAUGGGAUGAAAAUAGAGAAAAACUCCUUCUCCGUCCCUCUGAAACAGAUUGAUGAUGGUGGAUCUCCUCUGCAGCACUUCAGUGUACGAUACGGGCAGAAUAAGGAGGGGGCCGAGUGGAAAGAGAUGCAGCUGCCGUCCAAUACUGACUCCAUCUCCCUUCAAGACCUGUCAUUUGGCUCAUACUAUCAACUGGAAGUCAUAGCGAUCAAUGCUAAUGGUUCCUCUGUCCCUGCCACGUUCAACUUCACCAUUGGAGAACAGCCUGCGAGUAGCAUGACCAAAGGCUGGGUUGUUGCCAUCGUCAUGGUGAUUUUCCUGGUGGUAUUCCUGGUGGUUGACGUCACCUGCUGCUACAGAAAUCACUGCGGCCUGCUCAUGUCCAUCUCUGUGAAGCUCUUUGGACAGAAAGUCCCGGGCAUGAAAAUGCCUGAGGACGGAGAGGGAACCACUAAUGGAGAAGUGAAGCUAAAGGGUAUAUCCACUCCUAGAGGCAGUAUGCAACUGGCGGGGGUUCAGACGUUCACUAAGGAGGCGGGGCAGCUCACGGAGGUCACCUGCGACAAAGCCUCCCUAACAAAACACGAGAAAAUACAGCCAGGUAGAGACCUGCAAAAUGCCGAUGCAUGAGGCCAAAAAAAAAAAACAAGCAAGAAACAACAAA